GGCCAUUACCGUCUCCUCCACCCGUCCACAAACACUUUUUUUUUGGCCCGGCUUGACGACCUCAGUCACCAUCCUCGCGUGCCAGCGAGACACAAGCACCCUCCCACUCGGUGCUUCCAGUCUCGGAGCCAUGCAAGUUCUGACCAUUGGCGUCCUGGCGCUGCAAGGCGGCUUCGCUGAACACCUCCAGUCCCUGGAGCGGGCCGCUGCCGCACGCAAAACAAAACCCACCAGCGCCGCCGCCCUCCGUGGCGGGGCCGAUACCCCCGGCACUGGGGCCGUGGCUACCGGCCCCGCGUCAAGUUGGCCGCCGAACAACAACAACAACAACAACAACAACACACAAUUCUCCUUCGUCGAGGUCCGCACUCCUGACGAGCUCGCACUCUGCGCGGCACUGGUGAUCCCUGGAGGUGAAAGCACCACACUGUCGCUCGUUGCUGCACAGUCGGGCCUGCUUGAGCCCCUGCGGGACUUUGUCAAAAAAUUCAAGAAACCGACUUGGGGGACCUGUGCCGGCCUGAUCCUUCUUAGCGAAGAAGCCAGUUCUACGAAGCGCGGCGGGCAGGAGCUCGUGGGCGGCCUCGACGUCCGCGUGCAUCGCAACCACUUUGGCCGACAGAUCGAAAGCUUCGUGACAGAUCUUGAACUGCCUUUCUUGCAGGCAGAUAAUGCCGAUCCGGAACCACCAUUUCCCGCUGUCUUCAUCCGAGCCCCUGUGGUCGAGAGCCUGCUUGCGACUGGGAAUGACGACAAGAAAGGGGGCAGAGGAACAGCGCCACCGGUAGAAGUUCUCGCAGUCUUGCCUGGGCGUCACGCAAACAACGAGAAGAAGGCAGCCGCGUCGCAGGUCGGCAGCGGUCUGCACGACGAAGGGAUUGCAGAGCCACAGGAGGGACCAGGCGAUAUUGUCGCGUUGCGGCAGGGCAAUGUUUUCGGCAUGAGCUUCCACCCGGAACUCACAAAUGAUGUGCGCAUACAUAAGUGGUGGCUCGACGAGGUCGACAAAGUGAUGUCGCAGGCAGUGUGAGGAGCUGCGCAUACUGGUGCGGGAAUCGGUAUAGAUAUAUAGACCAAAGUAGACAAGACAUGUAGAGGAUGCCCGUUGCCAAGACCUAAGAAGCACAAACCAUCAACUUC